CUUGCUGAUGCAGUGUCUCCUUCACAUCGCCCUCCAGCUGGAGUGAAGUACUGUGGCACUGCAGCCUCAGUAACAGCCGGAAAAUUAACACCCUUGUGUCGUUAGCUGUUCAUCUGUUCCGGACAAAAUGGCUGUUCCUCCCUCAUAUGGUGAUCUGGGCAAAUCUGCCAAGGACAUCUUCAAUAAAGGAUAUGGGUUUGGCAUAGUCAAGCUUGAUGUGAAGACCAAGUCUGCAAAUGGAGUGGAAUUCAAAACCGCUGGUUCAUCGAACACUGAUACCAGCAAAGUCAAUGGUAAUCUGGAGACCAAGUACAAGUGGUCAGAAUAUGGCCUGACCUUUACGGAGAAGUGGAACACAGACAACACUUUGGGAACAGAGAUCACCGUUGAAGACCAGAUUACUAAAGGACUCAAACUUACCUUUGACACAACUUUCUCACCGAAUACUGGAAAGAAAAGCGGAAAGGUCAAGACCGCCUACAAACGUGAGUUCGUCAAUGUCGGCUGUGAUGUAGACUUUGACUUUGCCGGACCUACCAUCCAUGGAGCCGGUGUGGUCGGCUACGAGGGAUGGCUCGCUGGGUACCAGAUGAGCUUCGACACGGCCAAGUCCAAAAUGACCCAGAACAACUUCGCCAUCGGCUACAAGACUGGAGACUUCCAGCUGCACACCAAUGUGAAUGAUGGAGCUGAAUUCGGCGGCUCCAUCUACCAGAAGGUGAGCGACAAGCUGGAGACAGCUGUCAAUCUGGCCUGGACUGCAGGAAACAACAGCACACGCUUUGGCAUUGCUGCCAAGUACCAGCUGGACUCCAGUGCCUCUCUUAGUGCUAAGGUGAAUAACGCAAGCCUGGUUGGUGUUGGCUACACCCAGACACUCAGGCCAGGUGUGAAGCUCACCCUGUCUGCCCUGAUGGAUGGGAAGAACAUCAAUGCUGGUGGUCACAAGCUGGGCCUGGGGCUGGAGUUGGAAGCAUAACGGCUGCCUGCCACUUAAAAAGGAAUUAUGGGAAGAAUUUGGCCUUAUGUAUUUCUGGCUUAACCAGCAGGGGUUAUCAAAGGGAAGAAAAAAAAAAUGAAGCUAUAUGAUAUUCACACCUUCCGUACCACAGUGAUAUGAUGGAUACCUGACAGCUACAGUCCACACCUCAUUGAGUUAUUCUUUUAUUUUUUUUUCCUAAAAUCUUCCAUCAUGUUCACUCCUGUUAUUUAUGUGCUGUAUUGUCCACCUCACUUCCACACUGAGUUGCCAUGACAAUGAAAUACAUCUUCUAAAAGACAAAAACGUGGACAUGUUCUGCAUGUUUGGUUCUUUGUUUUAGUUUUUUUUUUUUUUUUGGUUCAGCGGGUUCAUCCGGGGUCUGAAAGAGAAUGGCCCCUUGAUCUUACUUGAGUGUGUCAUAAACGUAAUGUAAUCAUGUUCUCUGAAUGUAGAAUUAAAAACCUCCGCUGCUCUGCACUCUUCAAAACACCUUACUUUUCAGAUUAUGCUGUUCCCCAAAAAAUGGCAUUUGCACACGUUAGCAUUAUUUUUUUUUUGCUGGUCCUUAAGACCGGCUCUUAAUGUAGAUGCUAUUGGACUUCAAUACACAAGCCAUACAGUCUUGUCAGGCUGGGUUUGGCUUUAUUUAUUUCUUUUUAAGUAGAAGUAGCUUUGGUCAGAUCCUCAUCUUCAGUUGGAAACUGAAAUGAAGUGAUGAUUAAUGCCAAAAUGGAUUUGUCUCAGUGUGAUCAAUGAGAGCUAUCCAAAUUGAAUAACUGAGUAAAUCCACCACCCCAUUCCUCUUCGCCCUCCCUCUCCCCUCAUCCACUGCAGUGUAAAUGGCCGACAAGGACGUUGCUUGGAAACCAUGCAAUCCCCCCUUGUGUGUGUCCACCUUUACAAUAAAGUCUUUCAACUUGA